CGUGUCCUCUCCUUCCCUCCCCAGAACUCCUCUGAGAUGCCAGAGACCAUUACCAGCCGAGAUGCUGCUCGUUUUCCCAUUGUUGCCAGUUGUACCCUUCUGGGGCUCUACCUCUUCUUUAAAAUAUUCUCUCAAGAGUACAUCAACCUCCUGCUCUCUAUGUAUUUCUUUGUGUUGGGGAUCCUAGCCCUAUCCCACACCAUCAGCCCCAUGAUGAACAGAUUCUUUCCUGCAAAUUUCCCCAACAAACAGUACCAGCUUCUCUUUACCCAGGGCUCCGGGGAGACCAAGGAAGAAAUAGUGAAUUAUGAAUUUGACACGAAGGAUCUUGUAUGCCUGGCCAUGAGCAGUGUUGUUGGGGUCUGGUACCUACUGAGAAAGCACUGGAUUGCCAACAAUCUCUUUGGGCUGGCGUUUUCCCUCAACGGGGUGGAGCUGCUGCAUUUGAACAACGUCAGCACUGGCUGCAUCUUGCUCGGGGGCCUCUUCAUCUAUGACGUCUUCUGGGUCUUUGGCACCAACGUGAUGGUGACUGUUGCCAAAUCGUUUGAGGCCCCAAUAAAAUUGGUUUUCCCUCAGGACCUGCUGGAGAAGGGUCUGGAGGCCGACAACUUUGCCAUGCUGGGUCUGGGAGACAUUGUCAUUCCAGGGAUCUUCAUUGCCUUGCUGUUGCGUUUUGACAUCAGCUUAAAGAAGAACACGCACACGUAUUUCUACACCAGCUUUGUGGCCUACAUCUUUGGUCUGGGUCUGACCAUAUUCAUCAUGCACAUCUUCAAGCAUGCCCAGCCGGCUCUUCUGUACCUGGUCCCCGCGUGCAUUGGAUUCCCGCUUCUUGUGGCCUUGGCAAAGGGAGAAGUAACUGAAAUGUUCAGCUAUGAGGAGAGCUCUACCCCUAAGGAGGUGCCGGGGGCCUCCAAAGAAGAGACGACAGAAGCUGAUAAAAAGGAGAAGUGACCUUGCCCGUGUGGCCAGGCCUGGUGCUGCUGGGCUCGGGCCCCUUCCAGACCCUUUGCAAGUGACAGACGACGAAACAAUUGUGCAAGAGCAUCGUGUUGUGUGUGUCCGGAGCAGUCGCCUAGGUGGGGUAUCGAUGUACACCGCGUAUCCACAUCCCCCAGCCCAGCCCCGGGGGGGCUGCCCAGCCACGCUCCCUUUUAUUUUAUUGUCUCCUUCAUGGGUACAAAGUGGGUGGGGAGCGAACCACAGGCCCGUUUUUAAAUUUUGUAUUGUGCAUUUGCUUUCUCUCAUAUUAAACCAUCUCAAAGGAA